AUGCCUGCUGCAGCAGAAUCUGCAGUGCUCAUGGCUGGGGGUGUGGGACACCCCUUGAAAAGCUUUGUAGGAGGAUUCUACAGCAAUGAAAAUUCUCUACCUAAGCCGAAGGCCGUCAACGGUUGGGAUCUGAACCAUGGGAAACACAACGGUAUCAACGGCAGCUUCGGAAAUAAAAACGUCAACGGGCACACUCCUCAGCCACCUGAUAUAAUCGAUAUUCGCGGUGCUGCGGUUGAGAGCAAUCUCAAGACAGAGAUUCUGUCGUCUUUCCUCUCUACGCCGGGCCAGCGGGCUAUGCCUACCAUCCUUCUAUACGACCAGCGUGGUUUGCAAAUUUUCGAAGAGAUCACAUAUCUGGAAGAAUACUACUUGACCAAUGACGAGAUAUCGGUCUUGGAGUCCUCCGCCUCUGAGAUCGCCCGCGCCAUUCCGGACGGAUCCAUGGUGGUUGAGCUGGGGAGUGGUAAUCUACGCAAGGUCAAUCUUCUCCUUCAAGCCAUUGACAAUGCCGGCAAAAACGUAGAUUACUACGCAUUGGACCUUUCCAAGGAGGAACUAAAGCGCACACUGGCUCAAGUGCCUCAGUACAAGCAUGUCCGCUGCCAUGGUCUCCUGGGAACAUAUGACGAUGGCCGGGAAUGGUUGAAAGAGCCCACGAGCCUCGGUCGACAGAAAUGCGUCAUGUCGCUUGGCUCAAGCAUUGGCAAUUUCCGCCACGACGAAGCCUCAGAUUUCUUGCGGGGCUUCUCCGAGGUGCUGCGUCCUGGAGAUUCCAUGAUCAUUGGGGUCGAUGCCUGUUCCGAUCCCGCCAAGGUUUAUUCAACCGCUAACGUUAUCCAAGUCACGCAUACAACGGCAAGUACUGGAGGACAGCGGAUACUGGGGCUUUGGAUCAACAUCGCUAACAUGGUCUUUUUUUUAUUGCUCGUCAGACUCGAAAGGGAUCACACACCAAUCCUCGAACAGCAGGCAUUUAAACUGGAGGAUUGGCAAGUUAUUGGCGAAUACGUUUAUGACGCAGAAGGGGGUCGACAUCAAGCUUGGUACUCGCCAAUCCGUGAUACAUGGGCUCUAGGCCAACUCAUACCAGCGGGCGAGCGUGUCUUUGUCGAACGAAGCGUUAAGUACAGCAAAUCUGAAACUCAAAAUCUCUGGCAAGCCGCAGGAAUGGUUGAGGCUGGCAAGUGGUCUGUCGGCGAUGAAUACGGAAUCCAUGUGCUAACGAAGCCUACAACACCGUUUGCGCUGACUCCGCAUCAGUAUGCGAGCACAACCUUGCCAACCAUGGAAGACUGGAGGGAACUCUGGGCGAAAUGGGACGCGGUCACGCGCGGAAUGCUCCCCAAAAAGGAGCUUCUUGAGAAGCCCAUCAGACUGCGAAAUGCCUGCAUAUUCUACCUGGGCCACAUCCCGACCUUUCUGGAUAUUCAGCUUACCAAGACGACCAAGGAACCGGCCACAAGACCAGAGAAUUAUGCUCAGAUUUUUGAGAGAGGCAUCGAUCCAGAUGUUGACAACCCGGAGCUUUGCCACUCUCAUUCAGAGAUACCUGAUGAGUGGCCUCCAGCCUCGGAGAUCGCAGAGUACCAGGAACGAGUCCGAUCUAGGGUCCGCAACAUCUACUCUCGCGGCGCUGACAACAUCCCCCGCAACGUCGCUAGAGCUAUCUGGGUUGGCUUCGAGCAUGAGGUCAUGCAUUUGGAGACGUUGCUGUACAUGCUGCUCCAGAGCGACCGAACACUACCCCCUCCGGGGGUCGUCACUCCUGACUUCGAGAAGAUGGCGAUCCAGGCCAGGGCCAACAGGGUCCCAAAUCAAUGGUUCGAGAUCCCGGCGACAGAGAUCAUCAUAGGGCUGGAUGAUCCAGAGGACAGCACAGAUCCUAGCGGGCAUUUCGGUUGGGACAAUGAAAAACCUCAAAGGAUGGCAAGAGUAGGGGCGUUUCAAGCAAAGGCGAGACCAAUCACCAAUCUAGAGUAUGCCUCGUACAUGUACGAGAACAAUAUCGACAAGAUUCCUGCCUCGUGGUCCGCGAUAAAUCCGAAGAUUACAACCAACGGGACUAAUGGUGCCAACGGCCAUGCUGCUUCGAAUGGAAAGGGCCACAGUGGCAGCAAUGGAGCAUAUACCAACGGAAAGUCAAACGGUCAUACCCACGGCCACGGUAGCAAGAAUGACGAUGACCAUGUUGAAGCUCCCCCGAGGUACUUCCUCGCAGACAAGGCGGUGAGAACCGUCUUUGGACUGGUGCCGCUCGAGCACGCCCUAGACUGGCCCGUGUUUGCUUCAUACGACGAGCUUUCUGGUUGUGCUUCCUGGAUGGGAGGCAGGAUCCCGACCUUUGAGGAAGCCAAGAGCAUCUAUGCAUACGCUGAGGCAAUGCGCAAGAAGCAGGCGCAGAACAUUUUGGCUGGAACAGUUCCAGCCGUCAACGGUCAUCUUUCCAACAAUGGUGUUGAAGAGACACCACCAUCACGAGGAGCCUACCUGGCCGGUGAGGAUGGCACGAGACCAUCCACACAGGCAGACGAGAACUUGUUUAUCGACCUUGGCGGUUCCAACGUCGGGUUCCAGAACUGGCAUCCAACUCCAGUGACAGCCGACGGUGGGAGACUGGCUGGACAGUCGCAAAUGGGAGGCGUCUGGGAGUGGACCAGCUCACCACUGCGAAAGCACGAAGGCUUCGAACCGAUGUCCUUGUACCCCAACUACACAGCCGACUUCUUUGACGAGAAGCACAACAUAAUUCUGGGUGGUUCUUGGGCUACACACCCUCGCAUCGCGGGCCGGAAGUCCUUCGUCAACUGGUACCAGCGCAACUACCCCUACGCCUGGGCGGGCGCGAGGCUCGUUCGUGACACCAAGAACUAA